UGAAGGAGGGGCAGCCUCUCCCCAGCUUCUGGAGACACCACUUUAAGACACAGCCAGGAGCAGAAGCAGCCUCCUUGCCAUGGACUCGCUGUGCAUGGCCCACUUGGGCCCUCGGAAGAAGAGACCCAGGCAGAUGGGCGGCUCGAUGGCUUCCCCACCUCAGGACAUCAAGUUCCGAGACCUGGUCCUGUUCAUUUUGGAGAAGAAAAUGGGAACUACCCGCAGGGCCUUCCUCAUGGAGCUGGCUCGAAGAAAAGGAUUCAGGGUUGAGAAUGAGCUCAGUGAUUCCGUCACCCACAUUGUGGCAGAAAAUAAUUCUGGUUCCGAUGUGCUGGAGUGGCUUCAGGUACAGAAUAUAAAAGCGAGCUCACAGCUGGAACUCCUCGAUGUCUCCUGGCUGAUAGAAUGCAUGAGAGCAGGAAAACCGGUGGAGAUGACGGGACAACACCAGCUUGUGGUGAGAAGAGACGAUUCAGGGAGCCCCAGCCCGGAGCCCCAGGAGACUCCGCCACUUGCUCUGAGAAAGGUCUCUCCAUACGCAUGUCAGAGAAGAACCACUUUAAACAACUGCAACCGCCUAUUCACGGAUGCCUUUGACGUACUGGCUGAAGACUGUGAGUUUAGGGAGAAUGAAGGCUCCUAUCUGGUAUUCGCAAGAGCUGCCUCUGUACUUAAAUCACUGCCGUUCACCAUCAUCAGUAUGAAGGACACAGAAGGAAUUCCCUGCUUGGGGGACAAAGUGAAGAGCAUCAUAGAGGAAAUUAUUGAAGAUGGAGAAAGCUCUGAAGUUAAAGCUGUGUUAAAUAAUGAACGAUAUCAGUCCUUCAAACUUUUUACUUCUGUAUUUGGAGUGGGACUGAAGACAUCUGAGAAAUGGUUCAGGAUGGGUUUCAGAACCCUGAGUAAAAUAAAGUCGGAUACAACCCUGAAAUUCACACGGAUGCAGAAAGCAGGGUUCCUCUAUUAUGAAGACCUGGUCAGCUGUGUGACCAAGGCCGAAGCAGAGGCUGUCAGCGUGCUGGUCAAAGAGGCCGUGUGGGCGUUUCUCCCGGAUGCCUUCGUCACCGUGACAGGAGGAUUCCGGAGGGGUAAGAAGAUUGGACAUGAUGUAGAUUUUUUAAUUACCAGCCCAGGAGCAACAGAGGAAGAAGAGCAACAACUUUUACCUAAAGUCAUGAACUUAUGGGAAAAAAAGGGAUGGCUUUUAUACUGCGACCUUGUGGAGUCGACGUUUGAAAAAUUCAAGUUGCCUAGCAGGAAGGUGGAUGCCUUAGAUCAUUUCCAAAAAUGCUUUCUGAUUUUAAAAUUGCACCACCCGAGCGUGGACAGUGGCCAGCCCGACCUGCAGGGAGGAAAGCCGUGGAAGGCCAUCCGCGUGGACCUGGUCAUGUGCCCCUACGAGCGCCGCGCCUUUGCUCUGCUGGGCUGGACAGGCUCCCGGCAAUUUGAGAGAGACCUCCGGCGCUACGCCACACACGAGCGGAAGAUGAUGCUAGAUAACCACGCUCUGUAUGACAAGACCAAGAGGAUAUUUCUCAAAGCAGAAAGUGAAGAAGAAAUUUUUGCACACCUGGGAUUGGAUUACAUUGAUCCAUGGGAAAGAAAUGCUUAG